AUGUCCCAGAGACUGAAAGCUAAAGCCAGCAAAGCCAAUCAGGCUUCCUUCUUCCUGGUCCGAGCCUCGGUGCUGAAAGCCAGAGAGGGCCUUGGCCCUACACAAGAUGGCACUGACACGCUAUCCAGAGAGGGCUCUCCUACCUCUAUAUCGGAGGAUGGACCACUCACAGCCACAACCAUGCGGGCAAUGAUGGCGGAAUUCUACACGUCCAUUCAGGCCUCAAUACAAAACCAAAUCCAGGCUCUGACCAAGGAGCUGCGCAGGGAGGUGCAGGACAUUGGGCACAGGGCUGCAUAA